AUGUCAUUUGUAUCAUCUAAGGACAGAGCUGGGCGAGACGCCAAGCCCAAGGACCCUGGUCUAUGCCGUAGGGCUGACCUCGGACCUCCGCGACCCCAGCUCCAGAUACGUGUUAGAAGCAAGUGUUCAGCAAACAACACGCAACGAUUCCCUCCACAUACUUACUCCACAACCACACCCGUCCUUUCCACGUCCACCCCGCGGCUCUCUCUCUCUCUCUUCCUCCCUCGCGCCAACCAUCAUUGGUUGUCGCUCCCAAACUCGACAAUGCACUCAGCGCUCGUGCGGCUGCAAAACGUCUUUGGCUUCUUCACCACUGUCGCAUUCAGCGUCGCCGCAGUAAUUGCACUCAGCACGCUCGUGAUACCGCAGACACCGAGUGCGCAGCUACAAAUGCGCAAUGUGCAGGUUGUAAAAGGGCGACCGCAUUAUUACAGCCGCAAGAAGGAGGAAUAUGCGCAUGUUCGGUUUGAUUUGGAUGCUGAUUUAAAAUCCCUCUUCAACUGGAACACCAAACAAGUCUUCGUAUACAUCAAAGCCGUCUACCCCUCCCACCGAGCCUCAGACCCCCCCUCCGAAGCCAUCAUCUGGGACGCAAUCCUCGCCUCCCCCUCCGCACCCUGGCACACAAACCAAUACACGCACCCACGCCCCAAAGACUCCCCCGCCCUCCCCAAGCACUCCAAAAAAGCAAUGGCAGCGGCAAAAUCCCACCCAGAAUCCCCCUACCCCGUCGGCGAACUACACCUCCACAACCAGCGCCCCAAGUACCAAAUCACAGACAUCUCGGGCAAGCUGGGCAACAGGACCAAUGUCGUGCUCGAGCUCGGCUGGAAUGUGCAGCCCUGGGUCGGGUUUUUGACGUGGACGAAUUGGGACAAGGUUGGGGUUUGGCAGGGUUUGCAGGGGGGUCGGAGCGAGCCUUUUGCGUUUCCGGAGGUUGGGGCCAAGACGGUUAAGAAGAAGGAUUUGGAGACGGAGAAGGGGGCUGAGGGGUAUCGGUUGGAGGUUGGGGGUGAGGUGCCGCGGCGGAAAUCUGUUUAG